UCUCUGAAGAAACCGUCUGUGCCAGCAAAAAACAAAACGAGUCGUGACGGUCUCUUAAAACACCAGAGCGCGUGAAUGCGCGCAGGGUUGCGAGGCUGCCACCUGACUUGCGUUAGGCUUUUUGGUACCGUCGUGCCCAACAUGGGACGCUGCUUUUUAUCGCAUCAGAUCGAUGCCUUGAAUAUCCUCCGUGAGCUGCAAACACACAAGAAAACCCGGAGCUGCGAUGGAGACGGCGCGGGUCAGUCUGGAGUAACACCUGUGCGCAGGUGCGAGUCGCGCAGGUUGAAGACUAUCGCGGAGAGAGCGCGAGAGAGCUGCGUCACGCGACUCAUCGAUAUAUUGACGCGGCUGAUUUCUAUAGAAGAAGACUUGAUCAAAUGCGCUUCUCAGCAGGAAAGAAGUUUGCUCAGGAGCAAGGACAGUGUUGACCUAAAGAACAUCUGCUUAAGGAUGGCUCUCGGUGAAGAUGCUUCGUGCUCGGAUAGAGACUUGAAGGAACUUCGAGAUUGUCUUCGGCUCAUCGUCAGCAAUCUGCUCGCAAGUGUGCGAGAUGAGAACAGUCUGCCCUCCACCGUGACCAGACACAAGCUGAGAGAAAUAUCCAACUCCUUCCCUGAUAUCUGAAGAUCUCUAGAUGCGAUAUUGCAUGGCAUUGAAUUCUAAGGAACCUCUGCACUACUUCAAAGAUCAUGACGGAGGACCAACUUUUCUAAGGAAAGAACUAUACUGAACAGAAGAUGUCAUGAUUAAGUUUAGAUUAUGAAAUGUUCUUCAUAUUUAUGUUAGUAAUCAGAUGGAAACUCUCCAGAAUCAUGCUACAGUGGCUCAAAACAUGACGGUACAGGUAAAACGAGUCUGAUUGUCCUGAAUCUGCCUAACUCGCCGGGUGGGAUGCCUGAGCAAUGUCACACCUCAGGGAUGUGUUUGGUGUGGCAGGCAUUGUCAUCUGACUGUAAACAGAGGAACAGCUGGACGGGAAGUCAAGUGAAUUGGUUGGAGGAUGGGUGUGUUUAAAAUACAGUGUUCUGCUGAAGUAUUACGUUACCUUAUUACUAAUAAAGUCAUUCUUGGUGUU